GUUUUAAAAAAAAUAAAUCAUUAAUCUCACUUUGAAAACAAUUCUUGAAUGUAAGUGUAUUUUAUUAUUACGAGAUACUGCAACUUUUUUUCUUUAGUCUCGGAAGCACUUGUUCUCGAUUUGUUAAGUGGAGAUUUACUGACAUGAAGAAAGCAGUUUAUUAUUAUGCAUGUCAUUUAUACCUAACAAACCAAAGAUGGUUUUAAGUACUGAAUGGUCUCAAAUUGAAGUCAUAACGAUAAACAAUGAUGGAAAUGGAUGGGGUUUUAUGUUAGUUGGUGGAAAAAGUACAGGCGUUGUUAUAAAAACAGUAAUUCCAGGAAGUGCAGUUGAACGAGACGGUAGACUUCAGCCAGGAGACCAUGUUUUACAAAUUGGUGAUGUAAACUUGCGUGGGUUUAGUUCAGAACAAGUUGCUACAGUUUUAAGACAAGCAGGACCUCAAAUAAAAUUAUUAGUAGCACGUCCGGCAGAAGCUACAACUACUGAGCUAGAACCUCAUGCACCCAUUGUGCCUACUAAGAUUUUAUCCAAUACUGAAGAGCUUGACAAGCAGUUAAGUGAAACUCAAUUCCUUGGGCAAACUUUGAGUAAUCUAUUGUCAAAUGAGGUGUUCACAACAAGUACAGAAAUAAUUCCUGAAACCAUUCUUCCAAUAGCUGUAAUAGAAAAUACUGUAGUUGAUGAGUCUCCCAUUUCUUAUACUCUCCCAGAAACAGAAUCAUUUACUGUUUCAUUAAUAAAAAAUUCCUUUGGUUUGGGUAUUACAGUUGCAGGCUAUGUAUGUGUUGAAGAAGGUUUAUCUGGAAUUUUUGUAAGGAGUAUCAUUGAUGGGAGUGCUGCUAAAGCAAGCCAGAAAAUAGAAAUUAAUGAUAGAAUAAUAGAAGUUGACAAUCAGUCAAUUAUAGGUUUAACAAAUAAAGAUGCAGUAAAUAUACUUCGCAAUACUGGUGAAACUGUUAGUUUGAAGUUUGAACGAUUUUUGCGAGGUCCUUGUUAUGAAUUUCUACAAAAUGCUUUUACAUCAUGUGACGAGCUUUAUCAAUCAAAUUGUGGGUCUGAACAUGUGUCUGUCCCUAUAAUCAUUAACCAACAAGAUUAUUGUGAUUCAGAUGCAACAUCUGAGUCUUCUAUUGAUUCUGUGAUUGUAGAAGGUGAAAAUAAUGAAUGUGGGAAAGAUACUCUCGAUGUAAUUAAACAAGAAUGGGUGCAAAAAAUUGGUAAUGAAAAUACAAUAGUGGUAGAUAAAGUUCACAAAUUAUCUGAAUUGGGUAUAAGUUUGGAAGGAACUGUAGAUGUUGAAAACGGUUUGGAAUUGAGACCUCACCAUUACAUAAGGUCUAUUCUCCCAGAUGGUCCAGUAGGUCAAAGUGGUUUACUUAAACCAGGCGAUGAACUGCUUCAAGUAAAUGAUCAAAAUUUACAAAAUUUGAAUCAUACUGAAGUCGUUCAAUUGUUGAGAAAAUUACCUGAAAAAGUGCAUCUGGUCUGUGCAAGAGGUACUUCACCAAAUAUUAUCAACACUUCGCAAAAUCAAGAAGCGUUUGCUACACGAAGUAUUUUGACUGGAAAUUUACAAAAUAUAUUUCAACCUGUUCAGAAAGAGAAGUCUAUUAGUGAAAAACGUAAAAACUUUAAAGAACAUAGAAACGAAUUUGCAAUGUGGAAUAGUGAUUCUCAGUUUAUCGAUCUUCUGAAAACUGAAGAUGGUUUAGGUUUUAGCAUUUUAGAUUAUCAAGAUCCUUUAGAUGCAAGUGAUUCUGUUAUAGUAAUUAGAGGUUUAAUACCAGGUGGCUCUGCAGAUCUAUCAAAAUUAAUUUUUCCAGGUGAUAAAUUGAUAUCUGUUGAUGAUGUUCAGCUUAAAGGAAAGAAUUUAAAUGAAGUGAUAUGUGAAAACAGGGCAGAAAUAUUUUAAGGAGCCCCCAGGACAACUAAGGAGGCUGUACAAGUGUACGCGUUCACCAAAAUAAAUUCACAUUUUUGGACGAAGUGGCCACCACAAUUGACUUCCAAGUUCAAGAAUUUUGGUUUACAUUGGGACCAAGUUAAGUAACCGAACUGGGGCGAGACUUCCCGAACGACGGUCUAAAUUUAAACCCAAAACAUAAGGAGCAAUAUGACGGCGUUCGUGUUUCGUUAAUGUUUUCACCAAAUGUCGUAGAGAGUGUUUCAUCUAAAAGAAUAGUGAUUAGUUUGAUAAUUAGUGAUUUGUUUUGAAAAUACCAGUGGAAUAUUGUGGAUAAUCAAAAUAUAAA